CAGUCUGUGUAUAACCGAUUCUUCCGGUGCAGAGACACUGUCGCUGUACUCCCAAAUUAAAAAUCAAAUGGUUGCAUAAAGGAAAGGGAUAAAGUUGCAAAAUUGUAUCUUCUCACUACGAGAACACGAACAGAAAUGCAGACCACAGUUCAUCGGGAGUACCCCAUCCAAACCUAUUCUCUGAGUUCGUCUUCAUUUUCCCCUAUUACCUGAAUUGUCCGAUAUGGCCAUCAUGUGGUCGGGGUGUUUGCAGCAAAUGCACGGUGACGUGAAACUCCAUAGAAUUGAUGAAACGAAUGAUUUACAACUUUCCCAGAAUGCAUGGAUUCGGUUCUGCGUAGGAAUCUCGCCGGUAGCAUUUCUAAAUGGAUGUAGGCUGCUGUCGCAUGUUCGGCCUGUUAAAAGAAUAACUACAAAGUUGCGGUUGCUAUUUUUUCAUUUGUCUGUAAAUCUCUGCAUCCAAACCAUACGUGCUUUUCUGUAUUAAUUUGAGAGAACCCCCAAUAACGAUAUGUUACUCUGUGACAUCAUUGAUAAUAAUUCCUCGUUUAAAUGAAUACAAUUAAGACGGGAUUUAAGAAACCCCCACAAAAAUGCGCACAGCCGCCGCGUCUCUCACGUUUGCUUGUGAAACGUAGAUUGCAGAAUUCUAACGUUCAGGAAGUUCUCUUCAUGUAAGGGGCUGAACUGCUGGAGCUAGAAAUUCAGAUGGGGGAACACAUGGGGCCAUUAAGCCUGCAUAUUCAGAGGGAUCCUGAGUACAGCGGGCACUUGGAUUAACAGAGUUAAAACAGUGCUGUCUGCUUCGUGGGACCAACAGGUUCGAAUCCCGAGAGAUUUUCGAACUGAAGCGUGAGAGCUGCAAGCAGUAAAGAUGCCGAGGUCGUUCCUGGUGAAGAGCAAGCGCGCUCACAGCUACCACCAGCCACGGUCAUUUGAAGAUGACUACAGCAGACUAGACACUAUUUUAGCUCAUAUAUGCGCAGAAAGCAAGACUCCAGAAGUGUCAGGACACCGCUCGGGAGCCCUGGCCGCCAAUGCGCGAGGCAGGGUUUCCCCGGAGUCUCAUAUGGUGGACACCGCUGACCUGUCCUCUAAGUCGCCUGGCAGUUGUGAAGGCAGUGUGUGCGGCCGGUCCUCGGACUACGAAGACUUCUGGAGACCCCCGUCACCCUCUGCAUCACCAGAUUCGGACAAGUCUUUCACACCCUCGGUAGAUGAGACCCAGCCGUUCACAAUACCCUUCCGACCCUACGCUUGGAGCAAUUAUUCCGGGUCCGAACUCAGGAACCUCGUACAGCAAUCGUAUCAUCACCACCCGAUAACUUUGGACCGCAGCUCCACGUUGGGACUUUAUGGGGAGAGAGGGGCCGAUGCAUCCUUACUAACUGAACGGGAUCCUGGACUUUACAGCGAUUACUGCUCGGCAACAGGGCUUUAUGAAAGGCGCACCAAUCCCAGACUGUACUCGGACCACAACAUGCUCAAGAAGGCUCCGGAAAUUAAGUCGGAGUCAGACCUGCUCUGCAACACUCUCCUGCUGAACGGAUCGUACAAGUGCAUCAAAUGUAGCAAAGUGUUUUCCACACCGCACGGCCUGGAGGUUCAUGUUCGUAGGUCGCACAGUGGCACCAGGCCCUUCGCGUGCGAGUUGUGUGGGAAAACCUUUGGGCACGCGGUCAGCCUGGAGCAGCACAAAGCUGUUCACUCUCAGGAGAGAAGCUUUGACUGCAAAAUCUGCGGAAAAAGUUUCAAAAGGUCAUCCACUCUGUCCACUCACCUGCUGAUCCAUUCCGAUACCAGACCGUACCCCUGUCAGUACUGCGGUAAAAGAUUUCACCAGAAGUCAGACAUGAAAAAACACACCUUCAUUCAUACAGGUGAGAAGCCACACAAGUGCCAGGUCUGCGGAAAAGCCUUCAGUCAGAGCUCCAAUCUCAUAACUCACAGCCGUAAACACACCGGCUUCAAACCGUUUGGAUGCGACCUCUGCGGGAAGGGGUUCCAGAGGAAAGUGGACUUGAGACGACACAAAGAAACGCAACACGGGAUAAAAUAAGGAAACGACAGCAAUCGCAUCCGGGAAAUAGGCUGUGUAGCCUACCUGUAGCCUAUUGUCACACCAAACACUAUUUGAUAAACGGUGCAGGUCAAUAAAAUUGACCGAAGAGCAUAUUUUGUUGUCAAACAUUCUCCCUCGGAUCGUUAAAAUUCCACAAAGUAAUUCGUCAGUGAUUUAACCAAAGCGGAAUCUGGAAAGCGUUUUCUGAACAUCAAUCAUAGAGAGCUGGUGUUAUUUUCAGUUGGUUAUCGGCUGAUUUUACCCAAAUAACAAACACGAUUGAAUCCCAGUUAGAGCAUGUCUGAACCCAUAAUAUUGUGACAUAAAUAAUCAGAGAGGCAAUAUAACCAUUGCGAAGAAGAAUGCUGUAUAUCCUAAAACAGCAGCCCAGGGAGUAAAUCGCGUGAAAAAAUCACCGCAUUUUAAAAGAAUGCCAACCAGCACUGUACAGAUGCUAGCAAAACAGUCACUACAGAAGAGUGGAGAAGAUUGUGUUUAGGUAAAAACAUUGAAAGGUGGUACACAGCAAUAGACUAUUUUUCUUUUUCAACGGUUUCUAUCGAGUGUUUUCUGUGUAUGUUACUAAUUGCACCGUUUUUUUCUUUGUUAGGCUACGUUUCUUUAAAAAUCACAAUUUAGAUAUAUUUAAGACUAUGUUUGCACUUUUGUAUUUUAAUGGAGCUCAGAUAUUACACGUGGUCAUAAGGUUACUCCUAAAUUAAGAGAACGAAUGAUGCUAAAUUACGCUGAAUGAUGCAUUUUUAUUAUUGUAGGUUAUGAAAAAUAUGGCAGAAUGUAGGCUAUACAGGCCUAUAAUUAGAUUCAUGUUAUUCUGUUCUAUUGCUCAUACUUUAUUUGUUGAUUCUGUCUUAAAUAAAUUAAAAUAAUACAGUCUCAUUA